UUGGAAUAGAAGCUGAGAAGCAAGAGACAUGUUGGAAACAAUUGAUACACAUCGGGCCCUCCAGGCCAUGGAGCGCUUGCAGGCAAAACUUCGGGAUCGAGGUGACAUUGCAAACGAGGAGAAACUGAGCUUACUAAAAUCAGUGCUGCAGAGUCCUCUCUUUAACCAAAUUCUCAACCUUCAGACUUCUGUUCAACAACUGAGAGAUCAGGUAAAUAUUACACCUUCCAUACAUUCCACUGGUGAAUUCCCCCAGCUUCUCCAUCAUGGUGUGAACGUGGGGUCCUUGCCACAUAAUGAGUCAUAUUUGUUGGCUCAGCAGAAUGGCAGUCCAGCUAAUGUGCUAGAAGCAUCGGUGAGACCCAUUACUCCUCAGAUUAAUGGAAAGUCCUCUAGUGAUGACUUUGAGCAGCUGAUCAGAAAUAUGUCCCAGGGUCGUCUUGUUGAGACCAUUGAGCUUAUUAAACCUUUAAGUGGUGGUCUGGGCUUCAGUGUCGUGGGACUCAAGAGUGAAAACAGGGGAGAACUAGGAAUAUUUGUGCAAGAAAUCCAGGAGGGAAGUGUGGCACAUAGAGAUGGAAAGCUGAAGGAAGCAGAUCAAAUCCUUGCUAUUAACGGACAAGCCCUUGAUCAGACAAUUACACAUCAACAGGCUAUCAGCAUCCUACAGAAAGCAAAAGAUAACGUCCAGCUAGUUGUGGCCAGGGGCACUUUUCCUCAGCUCAUCAGUCCUGUAGUUUCCCGGUCUCCAUCUGCUGCUAGCACAGUUUCAGCCCAUUCCAACCCGGUUCACUGGCAGCAUGUGGAGACCAUUGAGUUGGUGAACGAUGGCUCAGGUCUGGGAUUUGGGAUAGUGGGAGGAAAGUCAACUGGAGUGAUUGUUAAAACCAUCCUCCCAGGAGGGGUGGCUGAUCAGCAUGGGAGAUUGUGUAGUGGAGACCAUAUCUUGAAAAUUGGUGAUACGGACCUGGCUGGAAUGAGCAGUGAGCAGGUGGCACAAGUUCUGAGGCAGUGUGGAAAUCGAGUGAAACUGGUAAUUGCAAGAGGUCCUAUUGAGGAGGCACCUCCACCAGCAGUCCCUCCAGGUACACCAGUACCCAUCUCCACACCAGAGAAACAGGCAGAUGCUUCUGUUGAUAACUGUGAAGAUGGGGAGAAAUUUAAUGUUGAACUCACUAAAAACAACCAGGGAUUAGGAAUAACUAUUGCUGGUUACAUUGGAGACAAAACAUCAGAACCUUCUGGUAUCUUUGUGAAAAGCAUUACAAAAGGCAGUGCUGUUGAACACGAUGGCAGAAUCCAUGUGGGAGAUCAAAUUAUAGUUGUGGAUGGAACAAAUCUUCAGGGUUUUACUAACCAGCAGGCAGUUGAUGUUUUGCGGCACACGGGACAAACGGUUCGUCUCACUUUGAUCAGAAGAGGGCUUAAGCAGGAAAAUCAUAUUCAGCCCCAGGAGGACUUCAGUGCUGCUGUUGAAAAGGACUUACUGUUCCAAACAAUGGAUAGUAGCACAGCCAAAGAUAACAGUGAAAUAGAACAGGGCUCCCCAUCACUGCCAUGCAGUGCCAGUGUGGUAAAUAUCGAAGAGGACAUGAAACAACAGGAAACAGAUUUCCAGCUAACUACUACAGAGGCAGCAGCUAUGAAGGCAAAGUGGCAGAGGAUUAUGGGUUCGAAUUAUGAAAUAGUGGUGGCUGUCGUUAACAAAUUUAGCGAAAGCAGUGGGUUAGGCAUAAGCCUUGAAGCUACAGUGGGACAUCAUUUCAUCAGAUCUAUCUUACCGGAGGGGCCAGUGGGACGGAGUGGCAAGCUGUUCAGUGGAGAUGAGCUGCUGGAAGUGAAUGAUAUCUCUUUGCUUGGAGAAAAUCACAAGGAUGUGGUCAAUAUCUUGAAAGAACUGCCUAUUAAGGUGACAAUGGUGUGCUGUCGUCCAGUAGCUCCCCCCAUCACUCACCCAGAAGUACUGGAGAGUUUAAGUCUAUCCGAGGUUCAGCUCACAGAAAAGGCUCACAUAGAACUUGGAUUCAUUGGCUCCUCGGACACAGAGGGAACGGCUUUGGAAAUAACUGACGAGGGUCAGAGUGUGGAAGAGGUGCAAAGCUCAUCUUUGGCAAUGUGGGAAACAGAAGUACAGCACAUUGAGCUCGAGAAAGGGAGUAUGGGACUUGGAUUUAGCAUAUUGGACUACCAGGAUCCUGUUGAUCCAGCAAACACCGUAAUUGUGAUUCGCUCAUUAGUUCCUGGGGGUGUGGCUGAGCAAGAUGGCAGACUUCUUCCCGGAGAUCGGCUUAUGUUUGUCAACAAUAUCAACUUGGAAAAUGGCAGCCUGGAGGAAGCGGUACAAGCACUGAAAGGAGCCCCAGCAGGAACAGUUAAAAUAGGAGUUGCCAAACCACUGCCUGUGGACUCCGGCGAGGCAGAUCUAGCGGAUGAGUCCACCUUUGAAUCGCAGUAUUCGCUAGAGAGUGACGUCUUCCAGGCUUCAAUGAUAGCUCUGCAUGGCAGUGCCUGUAGCGGUGAGCUGAACUACAGCUUCUCUCUUCCAUUGUCAACUCCCAAGUCUGUUGGAGAGGAAUGUUCAAAUGCUGCAGCUGAUUUCCGUGUAUCUGACAAGAACCUGUACAACAUGGAUCUGAAUCAGAGAGAGAGAGAGCAAAAGUCCGUAGUGGGCAAUAGCCUGGAAACUGCAACUGGUUUUACUAAAAAGGAUCUUCUGCCUCUGGAUGUUUCGGAUAUCAACCAAAAUGAAAGCGAAAACACAGCGACAUGGACUGGAUCUCAGACAACAGCAGAAAUUGCACUGAGUACAAGCCUUGAUACUACCAUGCAGCUUGAUCGCACUGGAAAAGAUCAAGUGCUUUUAACGGAAAAGAGAUGCCCAGUAUCUUUGGAGGGAAGUUCCACAACCCCAAAUUCAGUCAAAAACAUUUAUGAGAAGACUAUCACUAUUGCAAAAGGCAAUUCAAGUCUAGGGAUGACAGUAAGUUCCAAUAAAGAUGGCUCAGGAAUGAUAGUCCGCAGCGUCAUCCAUGGAGGCUCAAUAAGUCGUGAUGGACGGAUUAGUGUGGGGGACUGCAUCCUGUCCAUUAAUGAAGAGUCAACCACUAACUUAACCAAUGCACAAGCCCGGGCUAUGCUAAGGAGGCAUUCGCUCAUUGGACCAGAUAUAAAUAUUACAUAUGUGCCAGCAGAAAAUUUAGACGAGUACAGGGCCAGUUUGGGACAACAGACAGAGGGAGCUGUGCCACUUGAACUUUUUCCUUCACAUACUGUCAGGGAACUCCCAGAGCUUCCAGAACGUGAAGAGGGGGAGGGAGAAGAAAGUGAACUUCAAAAUGCAGCCUUCAGUAACUGGAACCAGCCCAGAAAGGUUGAACUCUGGAGAGAGCCUAGUAAGUCACUGGGGAUCAGCAUUGUUGGAGGACGAGGAAUGGGGAGCCGCCUGAGUAAUGGAGAAGUGAUGAGAGGGAUCUUUAUCAAGCACAUCCUGGAAGACAGCCCAGCUGGCAAAAAUGGAACGCUAAAAACUGGAGAUCGGAUUGUGGAGGUGGAUGGAAUUGACCUCAGAGAUGCCAGCCACGAACAAGCUGUGGAAGCCAUACGGAAGGCAGGCAAUCCUGUAGUCUUUAUGGUACAGAGCAUUAUAAGCAGACCAAGGGCAUUCAGUCAGUCCGAUUUAGAGCCAGAAAAGACUUCGCUUUGUAACUUGCCUCUGCCCCCUCCUUCAGCAUUUUCAGGAAUGAGCUGUGAUGCUGCACAGUCAUCUUUUAGCAGAGUCCCAGAGGAUGUGGAGAAGGAGGAUGAGUUCGGUUACAGCUGGAAAAAGAUCGUGCAACGCUAUGGAAAUCUACCGGGGGAGCUACACAUGAUUGAGCUGGAAAAAGGAAGGACAGGUCUGGGACUUAGUCUUGCUGGUAACAAAGACCGAUCCAGGAUGAGUGUCUUUAUAGUGGGAAUUGAUCCAAAUGGAGCAGCUGGCAAAGAUGGCAGGUUACAGAUUGCAGAUGAGUUACUAGAGAUAAAUGGGCAAAUACUCUACGGAAGGACUCAUCAGAAUGCUUCCUCAAUAAUCAAAUGUGCACCAUCUAAAGUAAAAAUAAUCUUUAUCAGAAAUAAAGAUGCAGUAAAUCAGAUGGCUGUUUGCCCUGCAAAAUCAAUAGAGGCUUCACAGUGUACUUUAGGGACUCUUCAACAUCAAGAGGUUGAUAUCAGUGCUGCAAACUCCAGUGCUUGUUCUGACUUCAGUUCACGUAAAAACAUUCAGUAUGUGGAACUCCCUAAGGAUCAAGGAGGCUUGGGAAUUGCCAUUAGUGAAGAAGACACAAUUAAUGGAGUAGUUAUUAAGAGCUUAACAGAUCAUGGUGCAGCAGCAAAGGAUGGACGAAUCAAAGUUGGAGAUCAGAUCCUGGCAGUGGAUGAUGAAAUUGUUGUGGGAUAUCCAGUAGAAAAGUUUAUUAGUCUCCUGAAGACAUCCAAAACUAUGGUGAGGCUUACAAUCAACUCAGCAGAGACGGAUAGCCUGACUGCAGCACCAGUCCCUUCCAGCGCUGCCCCAGCAGAGCGGAGGAACAUGCAGCCGCCAGCAACUGUCCCUUCUUCCAGCUCACCAGAACCAGAAGCAGUCAAAAAUACAAGCAGGUCUUCAACUCCAGCCACGUUAGCCUCUGACCCAGCUACUUGUCCCAUCAUUCCUGGAUGUGAAACAACCAUUGAUAUUUCCAAAGGGAGGACUGGUCUUGGUCUGAGCAUUGUUGGAGGAGCAGACACUUUGCUGGGAGCAAUCAUUAUCCAUGAAGUAUAUGAAGAAGGAGCAGCGUCUAAAGAUGGGAGACUGUGGGCUGGGGAUCAGAUAUUAGAGGUGAAUGGGAUUGACCUCCGACAGACUCCCCAAAAAGUUCGUCUGACUGUGUACAGAGAUGAGGCCCAGUACAAGGAGGAAGACAUGUAUGAUGUACUCAAUAUAGAGCUCCAAAAGAAGCCUGGCAAAGGCCUUGGGCUGAGUAUUGUUGGGAAAAGAAAUGAUACGGGGGUGUUUGUGUCAGACAUCGUCAAAGGAGGAAUAGCAGAUACAGAUGGGAGAUUAAUGCAAGGAGACCAGAUAUUGACAGUGAAUGGAGAAGAUGUUCGAAAUGCUAACCAGGAGGCUGUUGCAGCUUUGCUAAAGUGUUCAUUAGGUACGGUAAGACUAGAGGUCGGAAGAAUAAAAGCUGGUCCAUUCCACUCUGAGAGGAGAACAUCCCAGAGCAGCCAGGUCAGCGAAGGAAGUGGCAGUCUCUCAUCAUUCAGUUUCCCGGUUUCUGGGUCCAGUGCACCUGAGGUCUUUGAAAGUGGUCUGAAGAAGAAUACCACAGCUUCUGAAAUACAGGGACUAAGAACAGUUGAAAUAAAAAAGGGCCCUGCAGAUUCACUAGGAGUGAGCAUUGCUGGAGGUGUAGGAAGUCCUCUUGGAGAUGUUCCGAUAUUUAUUGCCAUGAUGCAUCCAAAUGGAGUUGCAGCUCAGACUCAGAAACUCAGAGUUGGGGACAGGAUUGUUAGCAUCUGUGGAACAUCUACUGAGGGCAUGACUCACUCCCAAGCUGUUAGUCUGUUAAAAAAUGCUUCAGGCACUAUUGAGUUGCAGGUUGUAGCUGGAGGAGAAGUAAGUGUCAUAACUGGUCAGCAGCAGGAUCCACCUACGUCCAAUCUUUCAUUUGCGGGACUAACUUCAACGAGCAUUUUUCAGGAUGAUUUAGGACCUCCUCAGUACAAGACCAUUACCCUGGAUAGAGGACCAGAUGGCCUAGGCUUUAGUAUUGUGGGUGGUUAUGGUAGUCCCCAUGGAGACUUACCCAUUUAUGUGAAGACAGUGUUUGCAAAGGGUGCAGCAGCAGAAGAUGGACGCCUGAAGAGAGGGGAUCAAAUCAUUGCUGUGAAUGGGCAGAGUUUAGAAGGGGUGACCCAUGAGGAAGCAGUUGCAAUCCUGAAAAGGACAAAAGGAACAGUCACUUUGACUGUUUUGUCGUGAACUGGCUGCCCAAAGGGGUAGGGUCAAUAAGACUAUAUUAUUUACAUUCCGCAUAGCAAAGAGAAUGGAAAUGUUUAUAUAGCCUUCUUGCUCUUCCAGCUUCACAGGACUGUGUUACAACACUGAAGAAAAAUAACACUUAACCAUAUUUUUGUAUACAAUAGAAGUAUUUCUCUCACUGUCAAACCACUGGGAUGGAGUUAUGUCAACUAUGGAAAGACAUGGGUAUUUUUCCUAUCAUUAUUAUUAUAACAAAUGCUUGUAAGCCACAAAAAAAAAAAAAAGAGGAAUGUUUGCAUUAAUAACCACACAACAAAACUGGAAUGUUUUGCUAAGAGGCUUUGGAUAGUUGAAAUAUGUUGGAAAAAUGAUAAAGUCAACAAGGGGGUGGCAUGGGCAGCAGUAGUCAGAAAACAGAAAUAAGG